AUGGGGAUGCUUAUGAGUUUCAUGGGAGGAACAGCAGAUGGGUUAGCAUCCAAGACUACGACUCUUGUAACAGGAGCACUCUAUGAUCAAUUUAUCAAGAAAGAGAUCAAAGACUUUGAUGACUUCCACAUUGCCAUUCUUGAUAUCUUCAACAAUUUCAACACGGCCUUACCCGGCAAGCAUUAUGAUGCACCAUCACACGGUGAAAUCUGGGAUUUGUUUAAUAAAUGGAAUGGUGCACCAAAGGAACAUAAAAAGAAGAUUUUCACUGAAUUCAUGAUUAAGAAUGUGAGUAUCAGCAAAGUGGAUGACUCUAUGAUGAUCACUGGGAUAGUGGCACCCCCAGCAGCUAUGGUAGCUAAGAGAACAGGACAAUCUGUGCCCCAACUAAGUGUUAUGAAAGCCAUCCCUGAUGUUGCCUUUGUGCCCACAAUAACAGUUUUGGCUCUCAUUGGUGUUAAGCUCACCAAAAGAAUGUCAUUCAAGAAAAUUGCAUCCUAA